UGUAGAUACUCCGUACUAUGCUACCUCUUUACGCGUUUUUGGUAUCAAGAAUACAUCGCAUCCAUUCCUCAUAGUUUUUGUUAUCCACCAUGUCGCUGUCUCUCAAUCCUCGGCUUCUUUCAUGGACUGGCAGGCAGUUACAGCUACUGGCAUGUCCUAGAAACUACAGCACCCCGUCCGAGGCAGGUCAUCGUAUUAAGUCUCCGAUUGAAAUUCAUCCCACGGAAGGCUCAGCUGAGUUACAAGCACCGCAAACAUCCGAACUGCAAGUGAAACAAUGGAAGGAACGCCUGGACAGCAUUAACAGCAAGGCUCGACUGCCUAGGAGCGUCCAGGCUGUGUACCUACGACCCCUUCGGAGGAAGGCUGAAUAUGGACUUCCAGUCUGUGAUCUCCAGUUGAGGUCUUACAGUGUACGAAACGUGGAAUUUUUUGCCGAUUUUGCUGUGCGAGCUGCCUAUUACCUGAAGCUUCCUGUUUCCGGGCCAGUGCCCUUACCACGAAUGGUUGAACGUUGGACUAUGCCUCGAAGCAACUUCGUACACAAGAAAAGCCAAGAAAACUUCGAAAGAAUAACACUUCGUCGGUUGAUUCAAAUUAAGGACGGCAAUCCCCAGGUUGUACAAGCAUGGCUAGCUUUCUUGCGCAAGCACGCAUUCUAUGGAGUCGGUAUGAAAGCAAAUGUCUGGGAACAUGAAAGCCUUGACGUGGCUGAGAGCAUGGACAAUACUCUCCCUGAUGUUGAGAAGACACUUGAGCCUUACCUUGCCCAAUUUGGUCAGCGAGAAGAUACGAGAUCGCAGGACUCGAUUUCAGAUACCUUGGACAACGAGCGUAUAACCCGAACGAUAUUCUCCGGAAUUCAACCAACGGGCGUGCCGCAUUUGGGAAAUUACCUCGGCGCCCUAAGGGAAUGGGUUCGGCUACAGAACAAUGCGACAGAAGGGACGAAUUUGUAUUUCUCCAUUGUUGAUCUGCAUGCGUUAACGGUACCCCAAGAAAAGGUUCAGUUGAGAAGAUGGAGAAAGGAGGCAUUUGCUACAUUGAUGGCCGUGGGCCUGGAUCCAAGCCGCUCGACAAUAUUUUACCAAUCUUCUGUACAGGCACAUGCGGAGUUGUUCUGGAUAUUGUGCACAGUAGCCUCCAUGGGUUACUUGUCACGAAUGACUCAAUGGAAGAGCAAACUCCAGUUGCCUGAGGACACAACCUUGGAUAAUUCGGCUGCUAGGUCAAGACUGCGGCUCGGUCUGUUCUCAUAUCCUGUUCUCCAGGCAGCAGACAUACUAGUACAUAGGGCUACCCAUGUUCCCGUCGGGGAAGACCAGAAACAACACCUCGAAUUUUCUAGAAAUAUCGCGAAUAGCUUUAACCACGUCUAUGGGUCAGUGUUUCCGUCUCCAGAAGCACUUAUAUCACCCGCGAAACGAGUCAUGUCCCUCAAAGAGCCGACCUUAAAGAUGUCAAAAUCUCAUGUCGACGAGAGGUCUCGAAUUCUCCUCACUGAUUCCCCUGACCAGAUCCAUAAAAAGCUUAGAGCGGCGCUCACCGACUCAGAUACGACGAUAACUUAUGACCCCGUUCGCCGGCCGGGCGUCUCUAACCUUCUAGAGCUUCUUGGCCACUUUGAGGGAAAGUCAUGCGAAGAUUUAGCCUUGGAAUUUCAGUCAACGAGUCUUCGGGCUCUAAAGGAAAACCUCGCCAGCCAAAUCUCAAAUCAUCUACGGCCAAUAAGGGAUAAGUAUCUCUCACUCAUGGAUGAUAGGACUGGCUAUCUAGAUGAUGUCUCAGAGCAGGGCUCUCAAACCGCUCGAGCGAACGCCGAGUUGACUAUGAAACAAGUGAGGGAAGUCAUGGGUUUAUGAAAGCACUUCGUGAUGCGCCCUGUCUUUCUGUUCUCGCUCUCUGCUUUGUUGUAGCCCCUUGUCUUCUCGCGCUCAGGCAUUCCCUCAUUGUGUAUAUGAGUUAGGUCUAAUACGACGUGACUUGCCUUUGCUUCUGCAUAUCUGUAUUAUAUAUACUCUUUCCAAGGAUGCAAACAGAUCAGAAAAAUCAAUUAGCGUUACAACUAACAGACUUCCCCUAUGUAUUUUAAGUCACGCCCAUGCCAGUAG